AUUUACUAAGCAACAAUGCGUUUCCUCUUCGGAAUCUUAAUACUAUCCAUAGGUAAUGCAUUAGCAGGUCCUAUAGGCUCUAAUAUACUAUCUAUUAGAGACCCACAGACUGUUACUGGUUGUCGAGGGUGCUACCACAAUUGCAAUGUAGACUACCCCCGUGGCUCUCAACGCAAUGGUUGUUAUAGCGGGUGCCAAACUAUAUUCGCGGAUUGUUAGUGAGAUAGGCAAUAGUUAGAUGCGUGUCACGG